AUAGACUAUAUAUGACUUUCAUUUUUUUUUUUUUUUGGUAGGAUGACUUUCAUUUAUUAUGUAUAUCCUAAUAGUUAAUAUUAAAUAUUAAAUAAAUAUAUUUACAGGAUGUCAACAACAAAAAAGACAUAUAUAUUUACAGAAAGAUUAACACAUUUCAUCUGAAAAUCCAAUCUUUCUUUUUUCUUUCUUUUUUUCUUGAUUAAGCAAUUAAAUGUUAAAUAUUUACAAGCUGUCAUGUUCAUCACCACCCUCCAAACUCUUUGUAAACCCCAAAUAAGCACAUACUCUCUCACACACACUUGUUUACCAAAGCUCUUCAUCAUCAUCUUCCUUGUUGCUUAAACUAUGGCUUCUCUCUUUAACCAAGUCCCUUCUGUAUCCACAGUUUUCGCCCUCUACACAUCUUUAUCAGCAAUCUCUAUGAUUCUCCGUAGAAUCAUCAACGAGAUUGUGCCUAAGCCAAUCAGAGAUUACAUCAAUGUGAAAGUUGUAGACUUGUUCACCUCUUAUUGUCAGCAAGUUUCACCCUUGUGAUCGAGCACAAAUGGGGGUUUUGCGAUAAUCAGACUUUCCGUGCGGCCGAAGUUUACUUUAAGAUGCGUCUUGCCGGACUCUCCACCGGACAACUCCUCGUGGGUUCGAGUGAUCUCAAGAAUCCGGAGGCUGAGCCAAAUCUUGGAAUCCCUGUCAACACAAAGAUCGUUGAUGAGUUUGAAGGGAUUCAUCUUGAGUGGACUCUACAUUGUGUUGAGCUUAAGAGUUAUCCCUUCGAGAAACGGUACUUUAAUCUUACUUGUAAGAAGGAGUUUCGUGAGAAGAUAAUGACAGAUUACUUGACAUACAUAGCGACAUCAGCAGAGAAGAUAAUGAGACAUCGUGAAAAGCUCUUCAUCUACUCUUAUAGCCGAGAAGGAGGAUGGCAAUCAGCUAAAUAGUAUCAUUACUCUAUACUAGGUUGGAACCCGCGCUACACCGUGGGACUGUUUUUUUUUUUGUUUUUUUUUGUCACGUUGAACCGUUAACAGUAACCAGUAAAUAUUGUAUUAAUAAGUUAUUAAAAUAUGGAUUUUUGAAAACCUUUUAAUUACGUCGAAACUCGUUAA